AACUACUGACUAAAGCCUGAUCAUGAUCAACACCCAAGGUCACAAAAUCAAAAUAUUAUUAAUUUAAACUAUGGCUCUCAUCUAAACGCUGCUCCCAAAUGUCAAAUUAAAUACUUUUCGUUAGAAAGUGCAAGACAGUCCCGACAAUUGGUGGCAAAUUAGAGUGAGCAUGCCAUAAAAAAAUAAGGACCCGGGUAUGCAUAGCCGCUACGGCAGUGGCGCUAUUCGGACCCAGGUCCCUUUAGACUAAAUCCCAUUCGGAUGUCAUUUGUGGUAGUUUAUUUUAGUUAAACUGAAGAAGUAAGUUUACAAAUAGUCUAUUCAUUUAUCUUUCAUUUGAUACCUCAUUUUGUCUUACAAACCCAACUAUUGCCACCAAUAAUAUUUGAAAUAGUUUUUUUUAAUCCCAACCUCUCAUUUCUGAUACCCGGGUGGGAAUAGCUGCUUCAUUGAAAUAAUGUUUUGCCAGGAAUAGGAAACAUUCUGAAAUCUUACAAGACAAUGCCGAAAGCACUGUAUGACAGCAUGCUUUGACAUCAUCUCACAACUGUUAGCAUCCCAUGGCCAUUCCCAUGUCUUUACUUUAGUCCGAAGUGCAGAGUCACCUGAUUGUUACUCAAUGGAAUGCUGUAUGUGCAUAGUGACAUGCUCAUGCAAUUCAGCAAAUUGUGGCUCCGAAAUUCAUUAUAUUACGAUAAUAUUCUUUUGGGUUUACCGAGUGAAAUGCAAAUGCCAAAUGCAAGCAUAUUGCAUUGUGAAAGUUGAGACACCAUGCCAUUGUAACCUACAACUAGAGUUUUGCAAUUGAUUUCAAUUAAAGUUCAACAAAGCCAACAUACGACAAUGACAACAUGCCCUAUUUGCAAGCCACUUGUGUACUUUGCAGUGGUGCUUUGGCUUUAGCCACAUAGAACAUGUUUUCGGAAGGUAUUUGAAGUUGUUAAGUGAAAAUCAUCAUAUUUGACCAUGUCCAUGCACUUAGUAAAACAUUAUUGAACUGCCAAAGUAAUUGCUCAUUUGAUGCGUUUUAUUAGUGAUUUGAAUUUGGACUGGCAUUCAGAGGAGUGCCAAAACUUCAAGUUAAAAGAUAGACCAAUAUAUUCCUGGUGCUAUUUAAUUUUAGGCCUAAAUAUUAUUGUAUUUGAGGCUUUUCUGAUUAUUUGACAUUUUUAUAAUUUAUAAGCAUAAUAGCUUAUAAUCAUCAAUGAUUAUAAUUUGAAAACACCAAAAAAAAAAGUGGGUUUGGGAUGACAUCGAAACAAGUUAAACUGUAAAUUAGUUUAAACGCUGAAACUGAAAUAGUGAGUAAACUAAUCCACCCUUACUGAGUUACUGACCUUAGACAUAGAAGAGUCCUUGGCAUUAGAUUUAGAUUUUAAGCCUACAGCUACUUUACUAUUAGAUUUAGAUUGUAAAAUAAAAGGGCUAUUAGAUGUACUGGCUAUAAAAAGACAGUCCAUUCAGCUAAAGUAGCAGAAAGUUUUGCUCCUGUUAUUAACCUGUUAAUCUACAUUUUUUUGGCCAUGAAAGCAGGAACUAGGAAUCUGCCAUCUUGAAUAGUACAAACAGAGGUUACCAUAGACACUUUUAGCUUUUAUUUUAUUGCCGGUAAGCGAAAGUAGUGUAGAUCACUUCAGUUUUCUCUUUAGUACAAUUAAACUGAAUCCGUCUUGCCUGUUAUUAGUGUAAUUAAAUAAAAGCUUUCAUCCAGCCGAUUAUAUUUCUGUGUGGAGAUGACAUUUAACAUUAAUAUGGUGUAAAAGAUUACAGUGUGAGUCUGAAGCAUGAUUCAAAGAAGAUUAUAUUUAUAGCUGAGUAUAUAGUUAUACAGUAAUAAAUACUUCCCAUUGAAAUAAUUAACCUCCUCAUCUUAAAAAACAUUUCAUGAAAAGCUAUUGCUGCCAACGUAGGCUGAUUGGUACAGUCAAAUACUUAAUUUUAAGCUAAUAAAGAAUUCGCAAUAUAAAUUUUCCACAGUAGUUGAUUGUGUCAUGCUGAAAGUGCAGUAAUUUGGUUAAUUAUUAAUUACCACUGAUAUAAUUAACCUCUACUUUGAAAAAAAACUAUCAUCAAAGCCAUCUUUGUAGUAGUUUGUAUUCUUUGAUAUAAAGUAAGAUAACACUGAAUGAUAUUGAUGACAAAAGUAGAACUAUUCUAUGUCACACUAUUUUGGCUGUAUUUUCAGCUCCCGAUGGCCAAUCAUCACAAAUUGUAACACAAAUUAACAAAUCAGAAACUUUUAUCACACAUCUUUAGUUAUUUGUGACUGACGCCCUUUAUGGAUUGCCCACUACCAUAAUCUGUGAUUCAUAUUUCUAUGAACUGAAAUCUUUUAAGUGUAUUAAAAUUAAAACAGUUUAAAUUUCAAUAGUUAUAUUAGCUUUUACUAUUAUAAAUAUAAAAAAAAUUUUUUUUCAGUUUUAUCAAUUGUAAUAAAAUAUUCUGUGUAAUAAUCAUGUAUCAAAUGUAAUUUCCAUCUUUUCAAGUUCUUCUGACAUACAACAAAGCAUUUUAAAAUGGCAUGGCGAAUUGGAAAUAUGAGACGAAUCUUUGAAAAUUUAAAAAAUUCAAUCUUUUCUGCCAAACAGAAAGACAAAUUUGUUGGAUCUGACCAGUAUGGCAAUAAUUAUUUUGAAAAAGGAGAAGGUAAUAUGUUGUUAAGAUUAGCUUUCACUUAUAAAAAUAGGCCUACUUAUAUUCUACAAUUGUACUACCUGUGUUUUAUAGAGUUUCUUUUUCUAAUCUUCACUAAUUGUUUUCUUUUAAUACUUUUAAAUUUUAAACAUAAAAAACUUAAGUUAUUGUUACUAACAUCUUAUAAUUAUUAUCCCAAAACCAUAAUUUUAAUUUAUAUCCUCAUUCAUAUAAUAUCCUUAUCUCUUAUGACUGACCCACUUUGCCAUCAUGUUUCUUUGAUUGAAUUUUAUGCUAAAAGCAAGAUAAUAAUUGAUUUUAAAUGAUAAAAGUAAUAAUUAAAUUUGAUAACAUAUCUCUCACAGAUAGCAGUCAUAAUUUGAGGGCAUCUCGAUAUAUUAAGAAAGAAUUUGACCCAGACUUCACAAUUCCUAAAAUUCCUGUUGAAUGGGAAGGUAAUUAUUGUGAUCUUCUAUUCUAAUUUUAUUUUGACAUUCUUUACAGUUCUUUAUGGAACAAUUUUUGACUUCAAAGAUAAUAUUCAUUCUAUAGUUUCCUCUGUAACAAAACUAACUUGGAAAGUCAUUGAGUAAGUUCUAUUGGUACUACAUGUCCAUAAGUUAAAUUUAAAAUCUUAACAUUCUUUUUCUUAAUAGGAAAUUUAAGAAAAAAUAUAUAUUUAGAUUAAUUUGCAUUUAUUCUAUAUAAUCUAAAUUACCACUAAGACAGAACUAGGGUUAAUUUGGAAUCACAUACUAUAACUGUCAGUUUUGCAAUAAAAUUUAUAAAAUAAUAUGACUUGAUUUUUAAAAAAUACUCUAUGAAUGAGUAAAGCUUUGAAGUUUGAUAAAAAAUAGUAUCAUUAGCAAAUACUAUUUGGUAAAAUAUGUAAGAUUUAAAUUGUUUGAACUCGUCAUCAGCUUGGCUACGAGGGAGGAGAGAUAUUCCACCAACUCCAGAGGUAUUUGAUUACUGUUCUUGUUUGUCAUUCUCAAAGUUCAUUUAAAUUAAAAGCAGAUAUAUUUUUGUUUCAAUAACUAUAUUCUAAGUAGAAAUUUUGCUGUGUUAUUAUUAUUAUUAUAAUUACAGUCGUCUUAUACAGCGCGGUACCCCAGCCUAAGUAUCUUCUAAAUGUCUGAUAUAUCAUUGUCCGCAUUUCAUAAUUAUUUGAAAAUUCAUUGGCAUAUGUCAAUAAAUUUUCAAAUAGUUUUGAAAUUUGUUUCAUUUGAAAAAUUAAUGUACCGGUACAUGUCCAAAGUCAAGAAAAGUGACAUUAAUAUUAAAUAUUUGUGUACAAUAUGUAAUGCAGCAUAUUUUCCAUUAAUAAAACUUAUGCAGGAAAUUGAAAGAAACUACAUCAGAAUGAUGCAGACAAAGAUAAGAGCAGAAGAACUGGAUAGAAAACAUUUAGCAGAAAAGGAGGUAAAUAUGUCUGCUGUUUGAAUCCCAGUCAAUUAUUGUUUCCCUUGAUUAAGUUCCAAGAUUUACGAACAUAACAUCCAUAAGAAGUUUGAUUGUUCUAUGACCAAGCCACAGAACACUUUUCAAUAAAUCAUAAAUGUAUUAAUUUCUCCUCUAUCCAUAAAUUGUAUGUUUUAUUCAUUCCUUGCAAGUUUCUGUUCAACUCUAUACAUUUCUCAGUGUGUGAAAGCAAAUAUAUAUUUACUUUUUAUGAUCUCUUUGUUGAUGGUUAGUAAAGCUUUCUCUUUGCUUAUAAUUUAAAUACUAUCUUUAAAAUACUCUGUUUUCUCACAAUUUGUUACCCGUUUUCUCUUCUCACAAUUUGUUACCUGGUAUAUGAUGGUAUAGCCAUUCAAAUCAAAUAUUCUGGUAUGUUUUUAAUUCUCAGACAGCCAACAGUUGCCCUACACCCCUGACAAUUACUGAGGAUAUUAAGCCAAACCAUGCAACAAGUAAGUUCCUAAUUGGAUAAAUUAUGUCUUUCUGUUUCUUUCAGGAAGCUUACUUUAAAAGGGGGAUACAAAUACAAAAGAACACUCUGAUACUUCUGACAUGCAUCACUUGCUCUGAAUUGUGAAAGACACAUCACGUCUCUCACAUAUUGACCAAAAAAAAUUUAUUCCCUAGUUUUGUACUGGUACCUAGUCCAUCUAUUAUAGUCACCUCCAUAUCUCUUCUGAGUUUAAUUUUGGGGAAAUUGCCUUAUCCACCUGGGUGCAGCAUUGAAAAUAACAUAAGAAGGUAAAUAAUUGUGUUUGUUCAGACUUUGAGCACUGUCUUUGUUUAUUCAGAAAAAAGUAUUUUUUAGUAAAGUUUUUGGUUGAAAGACAAUGUUUUUAGAAAUGGAAAAAGUGGGAUCAUAAAGUGGCCUUGCGACCUUGAUCUUUUGUGACAUUGUGAAAACUCUAAAAAUGUAUUCAAGAUUGAAGUAUACUAUUUCAUUUAUUAUAUUAUAUGCUGGGUUGUCUUCCAAGGUAAAAAGGUUUGAGUUAGAGGCUAUCAUAAAAUAAUUAUGGUAAGCUAAUAAUUGACAUUUUCCUUGAAUUUGAAUUUCCAGACAGGGAUCAACUUAUUCAUAAUAGCCUGGAUGCUAGAGGUUAAAUAAUGUGUAUAGGUAAAGGGUUUAGUUUUAAAAUGACUUGUAACUUUUCAAAAAAUAAUUUAACCAUGACACAUUUGUUUUAUGUUCACUUCUUGAAAAUUGUUUCUUGACAGGUUCUUUUCCCAAAUAUGAAGGUUUUGAGUCAGCUCCUGGUGAAAAUAUUAACAAGUUGGAUAAAGUUAAAUAACUUUUUAAUGAUCUGCCCAAGGGUUAAGUGUUGUGCUUACAAGGCUUCAGGUGUUUUAUUUCUUCUGCUUGUCAACACAAAACAAAACAAGAAGUAGGAGUGGAUUAAACCAGGACAAGAUCGUAAAGCUCUUGUUUGGAAACAAUUUGACUUCUCGGACUUCUCCCAUGAAAAUACAGGCACAGCUAAUUAAGAGGAAUGAAUUUUAAAAAAAAAUAAUAAUAAUUUUAUUUUGAAACAAUUUCCUUGUUGUCUUCAACAAAUCCUUCAAUAACACUGGCUCUAAAAAGGUUCUGGACUUGGAAAAGGAAAUCUUUGUAGUUCCAAUUUCAUCACCUGUCAUGUCAAGUUUUUUUUUUUCAGGAAAAAAAAGUUGUCUCUAUCAAACAUAGAUUUUAAAUUUAAAAAAGAUGCCAGUACCAAAUAUAGAUCUUAAAUAAAAAAAAUAAAGUCAUUUCCUUUUUUAAACUUGUAAUAACAAACCAUAAAAAAAAAACUAAAGCUCAGAAAUAUAACCUAUUUAUAUCUCAUAUUUUAAUUGUCUUUCUUACAUGAUGUCAGUAUUUUGCAACAGACUAGUCAGAACUCCUCUGAGUUUGAAUGUCUGAUAGCACUCUGAAUUUGAAUGUCUGAUAGCAUACUUGUUAGGAUCUGACAACCAAAUCUACAGCCUUAUCAAGAUUAAAAUUAAAAAGAAUAAAGUUGAUGAGCUUUUUAUAAGGUGCCAUCCAUACAUGAUGUCGUGCAUCUUGAGAUGGGUGUGGGGAGGUGUCCACCUAUUUUUAACGAUGUAUUAUAAUGGUGUUAUAUGUUAAUGAUGUAUUAUAAUGCAUCGAGGAUUGGUCUCACCAGCCACACCAAGAGCUGCAAGCAAUAAAGAUAAUCUAUCGUCUCCCGCAGACGGAAAGAUGCCAUACAUACAUAAUGGUGUAUAAAUUGUGUAAUGAAUUUGUGAUGAUGGGGGAAGGUCUAUAAUCUGUCAAAAUUGUUUUAUUGACAAGUGACGUGUUUUUAACAAUAAUAACCAACAGCAGUAGAACAGUAUAUUAUUU